CUCAAAAGCCUCAGAGCAUGAGGAGAAAGGAAUGGGACACUGUAGAGGAAAAAAAGAAUGUAAAGAAAUGAAUUUCCAACCCGUGCCGUGAUGCUUCGUGAGUUGACCUUACGGUGAGGGACGACAGAGAUUUGAGACGAGGCCUGAGUGAACUGCAUCGUACAUCUCUGCAAGACGCAGCAGCCAGAGAGGAGUGCUGGAAUAAAGAAGGCACGUGUCAUCCCAGACAAAAGCACCCUCAGCUCCUCCACAAUCAAUUAUUUAUGCGCAGGAGAGUUGCAGUGGGCCAGGCAAAUAGGAGUUGGCCUGCAGCUCAAAGCUGUGCCGUAUUGUCCUGGAGGAAGGAAAGGGAGACACUGGAAUAUAGGAGGAAGAUAGAAACAAACACCGGAGCCUUCUGUGACAAUGAAACCUCUUCAGAAGAACCAGGGGCGCACUGAUCAUAUCUUGGGUGCCAUGGCUGACAUGCUGAGUUCCCUGGCCAUGCCUAGCCAACACUGGAACUCAGAGGACACAGAGGAGCUGCGAGUAGACGGCGAACAAAAGGCAGCAAGCCAGUCUCACUGGGAUCAGGAAAGGCUCGAGUGGGAGCAGGCAUCUCGGGACAGCCCUGAGAGAGGGCAAAGAGACAAAGAAGAUUCAUACACUGCAGCGGGCAGCGAGGGCAGUAUCUCGACGUCGGUGGCCUCUUUACCACCCCAGGCAUCAGGCAGCUCCGCCCCAAAUUCGCCUGGCUCACGUCGCUCUGUCAGUACUCUAAAGAAGUGGCUGACCAACCCAGUGAGAAAGCUGAGUGUCGGGUCAGUCGGCGGGAUCAAGGGGGAGAAAGCGACGCGCAGAGUGGAGAGCAAAGCAGCUCCUCCACCCAGCAGGAGCAACCCCGAGCUGGGCAAUAGCAAGGCACCCGAGGACCGUGUCACCAUCUUCACCAACAUAGACAAAGAGCUGGAAUGGAGGGAAUGUUUGUCCGCCACUGAAGAUGCCCCAGGAAUCCUAGAAUCCCACAGGCACCAGUAUGAUUUCUUUCAGGGCUCAUCUUCACUGGAGCCAAUUCAAAAUUCCCAACCCGGCAACAUGCAGCUAGACGGCAAUGGCUCUGUGUUGAUGGAUGACAAUUCCAGCCAAUCGUCAAUCACUGUAGACAGUGAAGAGGAGCGGAGGAGUGCCCUAGAGAAAAGCAUGUAUGUCCUCGAAGAGUUGAUUGAGACAGAGAAACUGUAUGUAGUUGACCUGGGCCUCAUAGUGGAGGGCUACAUGGCGACUAUAAACACUAAAGGUGUACCCGAAGACAUGAAGGGAAAAGAUAAAAUAGUGUUUGGCAACAUACACCAGAUCUACGACUGGCAUAAAGAUUAUUUCCUGGGUGAGCUGGAGAAAUGUUUGGAAGAGCCUGAAAGACUCGCGCAGCUCUUUAUCAAACAUGAAAGGCGUCUUCACAUGUAUGUGGUGUACUGCCAGAACAAACCAAAGUCGGAGUACAUAGUGUCAGAAUACAUCGACACAUAUUUCGAAGAGCUCAAACAGCAGCUUGGUCACAGAUUACAGUUGAACGAUCUCCUUAUCAAACCUGUGCAGAGAAUCAUGAAAUAUCAGCUGCUGCUGAAGGAUUUCCUGAAGUAUUACACCAAGGCUGGCAUGGACACAGAGGAUCUGGAGAAAGCAGUGGAGGUGAUGUGCUUUGUUCCUAAGCGCUGCAAUGACAUGAUGAACGUGGGACGGCUACAGGGCUUUGAGGGGAAAAUCACGGCCCAAGGGAAGCUGCUUCAACAAGACACUUUUAUGGUCACAGAACAGGACAGCAGCUUCCUGUCCAGGCCUAAGGAGAGGCGGGUCUUCCUGUUCGAGCAACUUGUCAUUUUUAGUGAGCCUAUUGAUCGGAAGAAAGGAUUCUCAAUUCCAGGAUAUAUAUUUAAGAACAGCAUCAAGAUGAGCUGUCUGGGCAUGGAGGCGUGUGUAGAAGGUGACCCGACCCGCUUUGCACUGACGUCCCGUGGUGCUGACGGCAACACCGUGCGCUUCGGCCUGCAGUCUUCUUCAGUAGAUAUCAGCAGGUCCUGGGUGAGCGACGUGAACCAGAUCCUGGAGACACAACGCAAUUUCCUCAACGCCCUGCAGUCGCCCAUCGAGUACCAGCGAAGGGAGAGUAAGAGUAACAGUCUGGGGCGCACCAUGAGACCUCCAGUGUGUGCAGCAUCUGGACUGAGACCUCACUCCUCUGCCUCCAUGGACAGACAUCGAGCGCCUUGCCUGCGUGCCUACAACUCGUCCCUGCCCUCCCUCUACCUGUCCAGCCAGGGUCCUGGUGACACCUCUGCACAGCUAGAGUUAACACAGCGAUGCAAGCUGGAGUCCCGGUUGGAGCCCCAAGCUGUUUCUCCAACCCAUGUUCAUCUGGCAUUUAGUGAGGAGCCCAGUUUCUCACAUGUUGUCCACUCCUGCCAGACAGUGUCCAACGGCGUCUACCCCGCCAGCACACAAGGCUCACAGCAGCAGGCAGGAGGAGAGAGUGGUUCCAGAGCACCACGGUGGGAGGUGGGACCAUCAGCUCCGGGCCCUUCCUCCAGUCUACAGCACUCUAAUCACCUGGCUCAGCUGGAUGAGGAUGAACUAUGAGCUGCCCUGGAACUCUGACCCUGGCUGCCUUAGGAGCCUGUUACAGCCUGGACGCGUCCACUAUAGCGACCGGGACGACUUAGACUUGUCCUGUUCUUUACUCGCACUCUGACGUGAAUGACCAAGUGACUUUUUUUUUCAGCUUGUUUUUUGUUCCUCCUUGCUUUGUGUUAAAAAAAAAAAAAAAAAAAACAUUCCUGCAUUGGGAGGUCACUGGAGCUGAAUGGACUUUUUUAAUGUGUGAAUGAGUGUAUAACAGAGUGUAGGUGUGCAUGUAUGUAUAUGCAGUAGCAAUGGCUUCAGUAUUUUCCCUCAACAAUGUGCUCUGCUUUUCAGGAGACGAAGACUUAGCUUUACGUAGCCUACAUGGGGCUUUGGGCCUGUUUACAAAGGCACUAUUUUUAUCUCUGGUUCACAACAAAGAGCCUGUUGGGAUACGCAUAUUCUCUAGAAGGAGCCAGUUAGAGACAGACUGACAAUGAAGUAUAUAUUUGUAUAUACCGUAUAUUAAAGACCGACCCUGUGCAUGAAGAUGCAGUGGCUUCAGUGCCUCCUCGCUGAAUAUGAACAUGUCCAGUGCUGUGUUUCUGAAUUCUGUUUGACCGUACCAGUGCUGUUUGAUCUAAGUGGAAUGAGAACAGAUCGACAGUCUCCCCUAGAGACCCUCAGCUUCGAUGAUGUAAAGCUAGAGGUCAUGCACUCCUCUACUCCCUGCAGCUCUAGCUACUGCUCGACAUGCCAGGCCAGGCCGUGGACCGGUGGAGAAAGAUGUGACUGUUUCAGCAUGCAUCCGUUACAUUUUGUCAGAGAACCGUGCAUGCACUCAGUGUGCUCUGGGAUUUAUCAGACUUUUUUUUUUUUUAAAGGAAAAUGCAGUUUAUUAGAUCAAUAGACAACAGAGCGAGAAGCCUUACAGUAUGACAAUCUUUACGUGUAAUUACCGAACCCCUUCCUAUCACGAUGCAUGUCUCCUAGCUUAUUCUUUACUUCUGGAAUGAAUGCUUAAAGACAGGAUAUUGGAAAUGAGAGAAGAAUCCGAUGCUUUUAAGAGAAGCUCCUACAACGGUGGUGCCGAAUGGAGUUACCAAAGCGUUUAAACAUAAUCACUGCAAACGAAAUCAUAUCAUUUUAAAACAAAAUCCACAUUAUCAUUUCUUACAAUAAAAAGUGACAUUUAUAAGUUUGCUCACACUGCCAAUAUAUCUAAAUGAAAAACUUAUUGACUAUAAAUGAAUUGAUCAAGUACAAUAUUAAGAGAUUAUUUUGGUGGCAUUUUUAUAAGACAGGAACAGAAUUUAGAUAUUUGUGCCCAGCAAGUACACAUUUUCACCAGUAGAGGCCACCAGUGAGCUUCUGAACACAGUAUUUGUAGUAUUCCUGGACCAACUGCUUUAAAGAAGUAUGCACAAUUUUCACAGUUUGAUUUGAGGCACCCCUUUUCCAUUCACAGUGAAACAAUGUAAAAAAAAACAUCAACAAUGUGGCAGUAUGAAUUUAUAAUUAAAAAACAAGCAUUUAUUUGAACCAUCAUCUAUUACUUACACACCUAUUUGUUUGAACAGGAAGAUGGUUCACUUCCAUAUAAUAUCCAACCCUGGAUAAUUUACACUCUGGUGUAAUUACUAAUGAACUAUGCCCAAUUAACCACACUGCCUGUGACUGGCUGCACUUUACUCAUUAGGCAUAAAAAUGAUGUAAAAAAAAAAAAAGCAAAGAUAAUAAUAAGUUUACAUUUGAGAAUUGAUUUGCUGUGAUUUUUUCCUCAGACAGAAAUGAUCGAUGAUCCAUUCAAGACCGACAUACACAUAAAAUCAUCUUAAUACAAUGCCAUAACACAAUGUUGCGCCAGAUGCCAGCUGUUUAAAUUCUGGCACAUAUAAAAAUACUAUGACAGUUGAAUGUUCUACACUCCACGUCCUCUCGUCUCUUAUCUAGGCAAUUUCGCCCUGUAUUGAGAAUGGCCUCUCCUCUGUUGCCUUUGCACAAAUCUAGACUUUCGCAUGCUUUGUUGAAGACGUUUUAGUAAGAGAAAACAGGAAAGACAGACAAGAUAGACUAAAUGUCUAUGUGACAGAUCUCAUUGUUGUAUCAUGAAAUAAACUGUCUUUUUGAAAUAUA